AUGUUGAAUAUGCAAGGACGUGAAGAGAGAGAGAUUGGGAGAGAGACUUGUCCAGGAUGGACGAACAAGCCUGCUCUAGAGCAGGAUGUCUAUGAUGUUGACUCACCAGGGACAGUAGUAAAGAGAUUCCAAGAGGGUGAAUACCAAGAUUGUACUCUUGAAAAAAAAUAUACAUGUGAGGGCAUGAAGGAAAACUCUUCUGGACAAGUUCCUGGGCCAUGCCUUUUCCAGGAAGGUGGUUUUGGGGGAAUAACUUUCAUCCACAAGGAAGCACCCCCUGAAAUGAUUAGUCAAGAAUAUAGUUUUGAGAAAAGCUUGCUUUUGACCUCAAGGCUUGUUACACAUCUCAGAGUUUCUACAGAAGAGAGCCUGCAUCAGUGGGAAACAAGUAAUAUACACACCAAUGAGAUUUCAGGCCAGAGUAAAUGUUCAACUCUCUCCACACAGAAAAAAUCUUGGAAAUGUAAUGAGUGUGGAAAAAUCUUUACUCAGAACUCGUCCCUUACACAACAUCAGAGAACUCAUACUGGAGAGAGGCCCUAUGCAUGUGGAGAAUGUGGGAAAGCCUUUAGUCGAAGCUCAUUCCUUGUUCAACAUCAAAGAAUUCACACUGGAGUGAAACCAUAUGAAUGUGAGCAGUGUGGGAAAACAUUUCGAUGUCGAUCAUUUCUUACUCAGCAUCAAAGAAUCCACACUGGAGAGAAACCUUAUAGAUGUAAUGAAUGUGGCAGUUCUUUCCGCAAUCACUCACAUCUCACUGAACAUCAGAGAAUUCACACUGGAGAGAAACCUUAUAAAUGUAAUAGAUGUGAGAAGGCAUUCAAUCAGAACACACACCUUGUUCAUCAUCAGAGAAUUCACACUGGUGAGAAGCCCUAUCUAUGCAAUGAAUGUGGCUCUUCUUUUCGCAAACACUCAAAUCUUACACAACAUCAGAGAAUUCACACUGGGGAAAAACCUCAUAAGUGUGAUGAAUGUGGGAAAACCUUCCAAACAAAGGCAAACCUCUCUCAACACCAGAGAAUUCAUACUGGAGAGAAACCCUAUAAAUGUAAGGAAUGUGGCAAAGCGUUUUGUCAGAGCCCAUCUCUUAUAAAACACCAGCGAAUUCAUACUGGAGAAAAACCCUAUAAGUGUGAGGAAUGUGGCAAAGCUUUUACUCAGAGCACUCCACUCACUAAACAUCAAAGAAUUCAUACAGGGGAGAGACCCUACAAAUGCAGUGAAUGUGGUAAAGCCUUCAUUCAGAGCAUUUGCCUUAUUCGGCAUCAGAGAAGCCACACUGGAGAAAAACCCUAUAAGUGUAAUGAAUGUGGAAAGGGCUUUAAUCAGAAUACCUGCCUCACUCAGCAUAUGAGAAUUCAUACUGGUGAGAAGCCUUAUAAAUGUAAAGAAUGUGGGAAAGCCUUUGCUCAUAGUUCAUCUCUUACUGAACACCAUAGAACUCACACUGGUGAGAAACUCUAUAAAUGUAGUGAGUGUGAGAAAACCUUUCGGAAGUAUGCACACCUUAGUGAACAUUACAGAAUUCACACUGGUGAGAAGCCUUAUGAAUGCAUAGAAUGUGGAAAGUUCUUCAGGCAUAGUUCAGUCCUUUUCAGACAUCAGAAACUUCACAGUGGUGAAUAAUGCUGGCAUUUAGGUUAUGACAGUUUCUCUAGAGAGAGUGACUAGGAAUCUGGCUGGAAGGAGCAGAGCAGGUAGAGUUCCUGUAGGGAAGGUUGAAAGAGCCUUGGCUACUGCAUUCUUAGAAGAGUGUUUCCAGAAAUGGAGGUGGGAGCUUGGAGAAUGCAGAACCUACUAGUCCAGGUGGGCAUCUUGGAAUAUAGGGUAGAAUGGAAGUCCUGCUUUUCAGAUAAAACCUGCAGGUUGCCACUCCUUCAUCCCUGAGUGACUUCUACACCUUGAGGCAUUUGUUAGAUUAGCACUGUCUUUCCUUUACUACACCCCACCCCACCUUCUGACCUCAUCACACUUGUUCACUGGCUUGUAGGUUAACAUGGUAUUCUCAACAUUGCCUGUCAGUGUGUAAGUGGCACAGCUCUGAUAUAGUGCUAAGUUUAAGUAGCCUCCAGAUGUUUGAGGCAGCUCUGACCAUGCUACGGUGGGGAGGCUUUCUGACCUGUGCAAACUUUUGAUCCUGUGAAGGGAAGACAGAA